AUGAGGUCAGUGCUGGUGUUCUUCACGUUUGUGCUGGUGGCCUAUGCCCAAAAUAACACAGUAGAUGAAUGUACAAACGAAAAUUGCAAACUACCUAACUGUAGAUGUUCAUCGACUGACAUUCCUGGUGGUUUGAAACCCCACGAAGUUCCACAAUUCGUAGUCCUGUCUUUCCACGACAGUGUCACAAGCAGCAACUACCCCACGUACCAGUCCCUCCUCUUCGGUCGCAAGAACACUAACAAUUGCGGUAUUGGGGCAAACUUCUACGUGAGCCACGAAUACAGUGACUACACGUUCGUCAACGAACUGUACAGUCAGGGUUUCGAGAUCGGGCUCCACGCGAUUUCGCAAGGAUCUCAGUCUUACUUCAGGGAUGCUGAUAAAGACACGCUGACCCGCGAAUUUGUUGACCAGAGGACUCUGAUUUCCAACUUUGCUGCUCUUCCAGCUGCUGCUAUUCAAGGUCUGCGUAUGCCAUACCUCCAGAUGUCCGGUGACACAUCUUUCGAAAUGAUGAAAGACGCCGGUUUUCGUUACGACUAUUCUAUGCCCACCAUAUCAUCUUUGAACCCCGGUCUGUGGCCGUACACAUUAGAUUUUGCUUCCACUCAAGAUUGUGUCAUAGAGCCAUGCCCUUCAAAAUCUUUCCCCGGAUUGUGGGUUAUCCCGAUGAUAUCUUGGUUGGACUUGGGAAAAGGUGCAUGCUCGACGGUUGACGGUUGCUUAAACCAGCCAGGUGACCAGGACGCUGAUGGCUGGUUCCGCUUCAUCGUAGAGAACUUCGAGAGGCAGUACCUCGGAAACCGAGCACCAUUCACCUUUGCUGUUCGAGAGGCCUACGUCAGGACUAAGCCAGGUCUUAGGGAAGCCUUGACUCGCUUCUUAAACAUGAUCAACUCAAUGAGAGAUGUUUUUAUGGUGAACGCAUCUGAACUAUUAGACUGGGUAGAGAAACCAGUAGCUCUUGGAGAUUACAUCAAGCAGUCCUGCAGAACAAUCCUCCCUGGUCGCAGAUGCCGUCCAGUUGUCUGCCGGAAUCUAGCAUCUACACACUCACAUGAACUUUUCAACAUGAACAACUGUAUCUCGUGUCCACGUGUUUACCCAUGGCUCGGCAACCCUCUCGGACGUUAA